CUUCGAAAAACCAGCGGGAGCAGGUGCACCUCCUAAUCUUGACCUUUACUUCUCGUGCCACCCCAUUAUCUUUUCUCUCCAACCCCUGAUCCCAUUAUCACCUUCCUUCCCCUUUCCUCCUUCCAUCCUCUGUACCUGCAACUUUAUUUAUUUAACCCUCCACCACUAAAUUACUUCCCUAAAUUACCUUAUAUGUCAUCUCCUCCAUUUACCCUUUCACCUCGUAAGCAGCCUCUAGAUUCUUUUAAUUUCUGUCGCACGAUUGUUGGAGCGACGUAUUUUUUUCCUCAUAAACUCGUCCAGGCUUAGAGAUGAAGCGUCCGCAUGCCCGCGAUGAUGACAAGAUGAAAAAGCUGAAGAUGGUGGAUGUCGAUGAGCGGGCUGACCAUUGGGCUGCUGGGAACCCUAGUGCUUCUGUGUAUUUCGACGAUAAUCUGCUGUUCGAGGUGUUGAAGCACGUGGACGCGAGGACGCUGGCGAUGGCGGCUUGUGUGAGCAAGCAGUGGCACAAGACGGCGCUGGAUGAGCGGCUUUGGGAGCUGAUCUGCACCAAGCAGUGGGCUAACACCGGCUGUGGUGAGCAGCAGCUGCGAUCCGUGGUCCUUGCCCUCGGUGGCUUCCGUCGUCUCCACGCGCUCUACCUCUGGCCUCUCUCCAAGCCCCAGUCCUCUUCCGCAUCCGCGUCGGGCCCCUCCUCCUCCUCCUCCUCCUCGUCAGCGUCUUGGCCUACGUUCCCGCCGAUGAUUCGCUCCAAACCAUCCCCGAGGUUAGGGAAAGACGAGGUUCAUCUCUCCCUGUCGCUCCUCUCUAUUCGCUAUUACGAGAAAAUGAAUUUCAAUAACAGAAGCAGAUGAACUUUUCAUACCUACUUCUGAUUCCACCUAUUUUAUCAUCUUCUGCCUGUGAGGGUUCGGUUUUGGAGUUAUUCUUGUGCAGAUUUUGGAUUUCAGAUACUAGAUCUGUAAUUUUAUUAACUACCAAUAUCCGUUUGUUGGAUAAAUUUGGAAGGAAUUGUUGAAUGAGAUGUAUUAUAAUUAUAAUAUUGAUAAAUCGAAAGAUUGAAUUCUGAUU